AUGUUUAUCCUCCUAUGGAUCUUACGACUAUUGAACAGAAAAAUAUGCAACUGUUUUUCUGCCUUUCCUGAUUCUAACGUAUUCGAAGUAGGUGAUCAAGUUUUUAAUAUACGGUUAAGAGCAAGUAAUUCUUUAUUUGCAGCAUCAGGUCCAACGACAACAGCUGGGUUUUUAUAUGGAUAUGUCUUCUUUAGGCAGAAAAAAGAUACAACUAUUCGACGUGGUUACUUUCAAAAAUCUUUGGUUUUGUUAUCACAACAUCCUUACAUUGGGUUAUUCUCCAGAAUUGUAGCAAUACUUGGUCCUGCUUUUUUUGAUGCUGGGCAACCCAUGUUGGAAGCUGCUGUCAUGAACAUUGCAAAUUGGCAUGCCCCUAGAAUGGAUGGUCAUAUAUUGGAUUUACCGUUUCUUGGUCAUUUAUUGGAAGUGGAAUUACCUCAACCUCUUAAACCUCAAUUAUUAGAAACAUCUACUUUUGAUAUGAAUAGAAUGCAACCAGAUAUUCAGGAUUUGUGGUUACUGUGGGAACUGAUAUUGCUUGGAGAACCUAUUAUUGUGAUUGCCCCUGAUCCUGGUAUUUGCAGCGAAGCCGUGGUAUCUUUGGUUGAUUUGAUUAAUCCAAUUCCUUAUUGCGGUGACUACCGACCUUAUUUUACUAUUCAAGAUUCAGAUUUUAAAAGUUUUGUUAACAAGAAUCGGGUUACAACACAUAGUACUGGAAAUAACAAGAACAUUACCAAGAAUCGAGCACAUAGAUCUGGUCAUUCAUCUAAACCAAAUUUAGGCUCCAAGUCAAACGUUUUGUAUGAUUUUGUUCAGGGUGUAACCUCCAAACGGAAAGGUGUUAUCGCAAAAGACAGGGAUUUGUUACGAAUGUUGACAGAAGCAACAGUACGGGGUCAUCCACCAGAUUGGCUUCUUAACAAUAUACUUCGACAUUAUUUUGUAGAUUUGACAGAAAAAUUCCUUGUUCCAUUGAAUCGUUACUUCAGUACUUUGGUUCCAAAGGAUGAAACUUCUUUAAGUCAAGAUAUGAAACCUCCUCAACUUGGACCGUUCCAGACCGAUCAAUUCAUCAAGUCUCUCAAAGAAUAUGGAUCGCCACUACCUUUUAAAUCUACUUUUAAGACAAGAACAUCAGCAACUGAUCCUGUCAAGGAACUUUAUUUACAAUUUUUGAAAUGUGCAAUCGACGACUUUGGCACAGCAUCAUCUUGA